AUGCAUUCAUUUAAGGAAGGCGUUACCCCUUCUUUCGCCUUAUGCCGUGGUCGUCAUAUCCACGUGGUCGAUGAAGAGCGCCAGUAUCAAGAGUGGGGUAAACACGUUAACAAGUCGAGCGGUAUUGUAGCGGUGAAGGAAUCAUUCAAUCUGCUGCAUGGUGGCUUAGCAACGCGCGGUUUCGAUCAGCUGUUUGUCGACCAAAUGCAUCCGGAUAUUGUGGCCGUAACGCGGCACUCCACGCAGAACCAUGAAACGGUCAUCCUGGUAGCACACACCGCGUUCAGUUAUCCGAGUCCUUGGGCUGGCCCGACGGGAGUUCGCCCGCUGCGUUUUGAGGGCGAUUUAGUGGAAAUCAUUUUCGAAGUUCAAAUCUAUAAGAAAACCGGUCAAACAUUCGACCAACCCACGGAUUUCAAAAAGGACGAGCGCUAUAUCAAUGGCGUUGAGGAGUAUGUGAUUGACUUGCGAAAGAAUCUAAAACUCGAAGAGUCUGACAUUUUUCAGAAGAACGCUACCUUCGAUGGCAACACGACACAGCUGGAUUUUGUCAAUCUGAAGCCUGGAUCGGUGGUGGCGGUGCGAGUUGCCCUGAAGGACACAAUGAAACCGCACUUUGAUAAUCUUCAGUCGUUGGUCCGGGAGCUCCACCAGGAAAAGGGAUCUCGAUAUGCGGAACUCCAACACCUGCUGGACAAGCUUAAUUUGGUAGACUUCAACAAUUUGCUCUACUGUUGUGCCGAGGAGGAACGCGAUAACGGUGGUGGCCCGUACAAUAUUUCCGGAUACGGCGAUUUGGUUUACUGCGGACUGCAGGGCGUGGUUUCAAUACUGAGCGACAUCGGACCAAACAACGACCUUGGUCAUCCUUUGGCAAACAACUUACGAAUGGGAAAUUGGCUCAUCGAUUACUGCUCACUAUCGUACCGAGAGCGCAAUGCCGGUACUCGCAUCGAUGCCCACAUGAAGGACAAGGGUUUCAACAACCGAAUCGGUAUCCAUCCGGAGACCGGGUUUGUCUUUGGCGGCAACAAUGCCAAUUGUGGCACAUGGAUGGACAAGAUGGGCUCCAGCGAUAAGGCCGGCAACCGGGGUGUUCCCUCAUCACCCCGAGAUGGUUCCACGGUGGAACUCGUUGGUCUUCAGAUGGCCGGUCUAAGGUUUAUGCAGCAAAUGGUCGAAGAGAAAGUGUUUCCAGGAUCUGGGUCCGUGGAACGCACCUCCAGCAAUGGAACCAAGACCGUUUGGACGUAUAAAGAAUGGGCCAAUAAAAUCGGGGCCAACUUUGAGAAGGAAUUCUACGUCGAUGAAAGCAGCGACAGCCAGUAUGUAAAUAAAAAGGGUAUCUACAAAGACACGCUGGGUUCGGAUGUUCCGUGGACUGACUUCCAGCUCCGGUGCAACUUCCCAAUCGCGUUGGUGGGCCCGGAGCUUUGCAAUCCCAAGCAUGCCUGGAAGGCAUUGGAAAACGCCAAAAAGUAUCUUCUGGGACCGCUCGGCAUGAAAACGUUGGACCGAGAGGAUUGGGGCUACCGUGGAAAUUACGACAACUCGAUCGAUAGUGACGAUAAAACUGUAUCACAUGGAGCAAAUUAUCACAACGGUCCCGAAUGGGUUUGGCCAAUAGGAUUCUAUCUUCGCGCAAGACUCAUCUUUGCCAAAGCCAAUGGACUGCUCAAGGAAACAAUUGCAGAAACAUGGUCAAUUCUGCAGAAACAUUUGCACGAAUUGCAAACUAACCACUGGCGCGGGUUGGCCGAAUUGACCAACGAAAACAGAGCAUACUGCAAUGAUUCUUGUCGAACGCAGGCGUGGAGUAUGGCCUGUGUGCUAGAAGUGCUGCACGAUUUGGAAAAGUAUGAAAAAGAGCUCUAAGCUAUAAAGCAGGAGGAGGAUUAAAAUUCAAAAUGAUAUACUCGAAUAUAGUCGGCAAUGCGAUGCGUUCCAAUCGCGUCCUAGUUAUGAUCACAAGUUUAGAUUUAAUUGUUCAUGCUUUGUGUCUGCCGUGUUAGAUUUUACGAAUUUUAAUAUUUUAUUAGGCUGUUAUGUUUGAAACGUUCAUAUUUUAUUUUGUUUUAGCAUGCAUAUUUUAGGCUUAGUGCCACUCAAAAGCGUAAAUGAAUGUGUGUGAUGAAAUAUAGCAUGAAUGAGCUGUGUCUGUGUGUCGUCCUUGAGUUAAUAGCAGUGGGACUAUG